AUGGCACGGGCGAAAGAGUUGUCUAAGAAGGUCUUCCGGAAAUUGGCCCACCGCGACAGAGGAUCUCGAAAAGCUCAUGUACAGCGUCGUGGCUCACCCGGACAAGCUUUUGUGGUCCCAGAACGGCUUGAAACGGCUUCUACGAACACAUUGGUCAAUGAACCGAAUGAUACGGAUUCGGACGAUGAGUCUGCGGAUCCAUCUGCAAAGUCUUCCGGGGCCGCCACCAGGCCGCAGCAAACGCCAGGCGCAGAGAGAUGGCUCGAGUUCUUGAAGACGCUGAAAAAGGAUGAACCAGAGAAGUACGAAACCCUCGACAACAUACUCACCAGCAUCAACAUUCCCACGAACGACCAGAUAGAGAGCCUAUUCAAAUCGAAUGAACACAAUCCCGAAUCGAAAGUUCUUCUGCUCCGAGUCAAGGCCGCCUUGCCGAGCCUGUCAGCCGUUCGAGGAGUGGCUAUGACUAUCGCGAAUGUGGAUCCUCAUAAGAUUGCCCCAUAUGUAGUCGCGGGGAGCUUCUUCCUCCUUGAUUGGGUGCUCGGCCAAGAUCCCAUAGACCGUAGGAUAUUCCUGGGUAGAAUUUCCCUUGAUGACCAGCGUAAGAUCCGAAAUAUGCUAUUUGAAAGCAUCAAUGCUAUCAAUGAAUGGAUCUCCUUCGAGACAAACUUUGUCAGGAGAACUCCCCUCGUGGAGCGCAAUGUCUCCGAAUUAGAGGAGCUUCUUCCCCGUUUGGAGCGACUUAAAGCAAUAGGCGACAAGCUCUCGGCACAAAUGACAAAAUGGCAAGAGGACAUGGAAAGGUUGAAAGAUCAUCGCACAAGCUGGGCAGCUAAGAGGAAAGCCUUAGAAGAGACCCUGAUCAGACAUGACUACACGACUAAAUUCCUUGAUUGGAUAAAGAACGAAGAUGACCCUGAAGAGUCAGUAGUGGCACUGACCGACCGAAUUACGUCAGAAGGGCGGCAUGAUAGUGCUGCAACGUGGUUCCUCGAGAACCAAGCUUACCUCGCCUGGUCACGAGACUUUGUAGUUCGCGCGCUGGGGGAGGCUAAUACUGAGGAGUCCGAUGAUGAGGAGUCCGAUACAGGAGAGGUCGACACUGGAAAAACUGCUUCCGGGGGGCUCGAUACGCAACAUCGACCCAGAUGUGUACUAUGGAUCAGCGGGACUUAUGGAACUGGAAAGACUACAAUCGUAUAUCGCGUCCUCUCGCAACUGCAACGGCUGGCUGACAGCUGGCUUCCACGUAUCGAUUUGAUGGAACUGAUGGAAGGCGCUGACCUCGAAAAUUCAACAUUCGCCCUGAGGGGCGAAGGUUUACGCGUCGUUAGCUACUUCUGCGACAGCACGAAGCGCGUGAACCGUGAAACAGUUAUUCGAGCUCUCGGAAGAAAGCUGGCUUUCUUGCCGGACUCUAGCGUCGCCAGAGUAGCGUUGGAUUUCUUCGAGGAUAAGUCACAAGGGCUGCGAACCCCAGUUUACAUCAAAGAGUGGGAGGGUCUAGUAUCCAAGUUGCUGGAACAAUGCUCGGCGAUGUCGUACCACAUCGUAUUGAUCAUCGAUGCCCUGAACGAAAUUGAACCUCCCGAAGACAUAGAUCACCUUUGCAAUUUUCUUGGCAAGAUAGUCAACAAUUAUCGCAACAUCAGUGUCUUGAUUUCCUCGCACGAGCAUAUCUCGAGCAUCAGGAGACUGGAAAAAUACAUCGACAAGGUGGGCGUAGUUGCAAACGCACCAAAGACAGAAAUAGACAGCUUCAUCGAUGGCGAACUCAAACACAGACGUACCGAGCUUACCAAGUUUGGAGACAAUAAGAGCAUCUUCUGUAAGUGA